CGGGGCCGCAAAGGGAGGGGGCAGGGCGCGAGGUAUCAUGGAGGAUCAGUAGGCAAACUGUGGCCAUCAGAGGAAAGCAGCUACCGCUCUGAUCCCAGGGAGUUUCUCAACUGUCCAUAGCCCGUUAUCCUAAUCAGCGCACACCGGAUACUUCAACAUGGACAUGAAGAAGAGGAUCAACCUGGAGCUGCGGAACCGGAGCCCGGCGGAGAUAGCAGAGCUGGUGGUUGAUAACAGUCGCUCUGCAGAUGGGGAGGUUGAAGGUCUGACGGACGCGUUCACAGAGCUCGAGUUCCUCAGUAUGGUCAAUGUGGGUCUAAGCUCGCUGGCUAAACUGCCCUCACUGCCCAAACUACGCAAGUUGGAGCUGAGUGACAACAAUCUGUCUGGUUCUCUGGAGACUCUGUCGGAGAAAUGUCCCAACCUGACCUACCUCAACCUGAGCGGGAACAAGAUCAAAGAACUGAGCAAUGUGGAGGCACUGCAAAACCUGAAGAGCCUUCAGAGUCUGGACCUGUUCAACUGUGAGAUAACAUCUCUGGAGGACUACAGGGAGAGCGUGUUUGAGCUGCUGCCUCAGGUCACCUAUCUGGACGGUUUUGACCAGGAGGACAAUGAGGCGCCUGACUCUGAGGCUGAAGACGAAGAUGAGGACGGCGAUGACGGGGCAGGGCCCACUGGAGAGUACGAUGAGGAAGACGAUGAAGAGGAGGACGAGGACGGCUCAGAGGGAGGAGAGGUGGGACUGAGCUUUCAGGUGAACCGGGCCGAUCAGGACGAGGAAGACGAUGAGGACGACUAUGCAGAGGAGGAGGAGGAAGAGGACCAGGCGGGUGUUCAGGGACAGAAGAGGAAGAGAGACGCGGACGACGAAGGCGAGGAUGAUGAUGACGACGAAGACGACUAGUCCUCCAGCUGAUGUGUCGUCUGUGUGUCGUCCCGUCCUGUUUCUGUCCGUCUCAGUCCACCUCUGGACGCGUCCUUCGCCACACAAAAAACAACAAACAAACAAACAACAACCGGCAACAGAGACAGCGGCAACAGGAACUGUGUGAUCUGCGAUAGUUUGUUUCAGUUUGUAAUAGAAUCUCACUUCUUUAUUUUUAGAUAAUAUAUAAGAAGAUUUUAUCAGAACUUCACCUGUUGAUACCGAUUGAAGAGUCCACGUGUUUCCCUUUAAACCUGGUUCAGGGUCACAGUCUGUCCCCUGUCCACAUCCUGAACUCUGACUCAUCUAAACGCCUCACUGGAUGACUGAAGUCUGGCAGCAAACCUACCGGCCAAAAACAAAUCUACAAGUCCCGCCCUGCUGCGAACAGACUUCCUGUUAGCAAAGAUGUUUGAGAAAAGGUGUGACUACAGAAUGAUGUCACUUCCUCUCCUCUGUCAGGCUAGAUUUGGGUGUUGCGUCUUGGUGGUCGGCUUGGCUAUAGCUCCUGCUUGUAUCAAGAAGCCGUCGGGUGUGUUUUCUACUUCAGGGACGGACGCUCACUCUGGGAAAAACAAAACUUGUGUCCAACAUCAGGUGGUGGAAUAAAGAGCCUCCUGACGAAGCUUCCUGCUGUAGUCCAGUUCAGACCGCAAGACCUCUGAGACGUUGCUGGUCUAAUACACAAUCACAUCACACAGCUGGUUUUAAAGCCUACAUGCUCCAGUUUCUGAUUAAUCAGGGAAAAGCGCGGCUGCUGCAAACGUGUUACCAUAGUUACUAAAUGAUCUCGGGUAAAUACAGGCUAAACAUCACUGAUACAGAUCAGGAGAUCCAGACUGAACCAGACUGAGACGUAGUUUCUCUUACUCCUUUUCUACCAACAUGGAACGGGUUCCAUUCGGGUUCCUGCACCUAAUUUUGAACCAUUCAGAGCAUUUUGACCAAAAAUAAAUUCACUCAGAAACUGAAAAGUUGGUUCUCAACUGACACACACACACAAAAAAAAUAGCAGGUUGUUGUUUGAUUACAAUGGUUCAGAUCAAAACUGGUUCCAAGAAUCCUAACGUAACCGGUACUAGAACAACAGGGAAUUUGUCGGAAAAGCCGUAUCUGUCUGGUUGUUUAAGAGUUUGAUUGGCAGCUUUCACACAAGGCUGAAAGAACUGAACCGGAUAGGUUCCUGAAAUCACGUGAAAACCUGUCGUCAAAACGUAACACCCAUGCCGCCCAUGAUCUCAUCCCACUGGCUAUCCUGUUUAUACAGACUGUUUCUGUGCUGUUACUACCUCCACUGCCAGCUUUGAGGUGAGACAACUCUUGUUCCCCCAUUCCACGAUUGUACUUUUUACACAGCCGGCGUGAAAUUCCUGCCUCGUAGAGGCGGUGUAAAAGGUGCUUACAACACUUGUAGGUGUAUAUGCCGUGCUAUCCGGGCCCUAUUUCAGAAAGCAGAAUUAGUGAAAACUCUGAGAAUGUUAAGCUUGAGAUGAGGGAAACUCUGAGUUUUCUGUUUCACAAAGCCAGUUCAGCAAAACCCUGAGUCAGUUAUGGCAACAUACUCUGUGAAGCAAACCUGCUGGCUCGCAGGUUUGCUUCAUCUAAGCCUGAGGCUGAUCACCCACUGAGUAUGUAGCAGGAAGAAGAAACAUGGCGUGUCCCCGUGAAUAAAGUUGUGGACGUUGAGGCAGUUCAUUCAGAGGCUGUUGCGUAAGGAGAUGGUCAUUAGACCCUGUUUGGAUGUCUCUCUGUGAAGUGUCUGUAUGAAAGACACAAUUUCACCUCACAGUCUAUUAUUUAUCUAACAAUCUGUUCCACCCAGAUAAAUCAAAUUACACAUCGUGGAUUUGCAUUAUCAUCGGAGCAAAUUUUAUGCAUUGCCCUUUGUUUCUUCAGCAGCGGUAGUUUUCUUUAUAACAUCAGAGACACAUCUGCAAGGCAACGGUUUGUCAGGCCGUAGAAAAAGUGGCUCUGUUUCUGAAAAGACUUUUGCCAGUUUUUGUGGUUUUCCAUGGGCAUAGAUCAGAAAGGAUCAUCAAAGUAACCAUCAUGGGGUAUCAGUGGCUCCGUGGAUGUAGCAGGGCACCAUGAUCCCACGCCCAGCCCCUGAUGCAGCAGCUCCGAAUUCAAGUCCAGCCUGCAGAUUUUUGCUGUGUGUCGUUCCGUCUCUCUCCCCUUAAUGUUAUGCUGUUUUGCCAUUACAGGCAACAAAAAAAAAAUCAUUAGAAAAAGGUGGAAUUCCACAGAACUGCAGGUUUGUCAGUGUUAAUAAGAAAUUCAUCCACGUGGAUACAUUAUGCAAUGAUUCAUGAACACUAUUCAUAUAUUCAAAGAUUCUGCAGUGUAAUUGGCUCAUUUAUGGGACUCACAUCCCAUCAUAGCUCCAUCUGAAAAUAAAGGAGAUUACGUGAAGACAUCAUUUCUCAGCAAUUCAGUUAACCUCAGCCUUAUAUUGAUAUCUUUGUGCUUGAUUUUGAGUUGCUGCCCAGUGUGUUUGGGCCCCAUCGUCACUGAGAAUCAUGUUAUCUGCGCUCCAUUAAUGAUGUCUGUUGGUGUUCACUGUGAAUGCGCUUCCCUCAGGCUGAACAUACUCAGAGUUGAUUGAGGUAAUUCUGCUCAACUGUUCUGGAACCGAAAACUCAAAGUUUGCCAGCUCAGGCUCAGUCAACUCGGAGAUUGGGAUCAGGCUCAGAGUUUGUUGAGCCUGCUUUCUGAAAUAGGGCCCAGCUCGGGAAGAAUUGAAUCCCUGGUACCUACAGUACUGGAGAAAAACAAACACAACAGGUUUGUCUUUGACUUGGUAGCGAAGACACCCCUGAUUUGAUCUAGUUUAGGAGUUGUCUUGUAAACUGGUUCUGAGAUCAGUUGUGUAGUUUGGGUUUAUCACCAUGACAAUAAUCUGGGAUUGAAAACUCAGAGCUCUUGAAGGUCUUGUACUCUGCUCUGGACUUAAUUUGAUUUGUACGAGCUGGACCUGCUGUCCUGAAACGUCUCCCACCAAAGUCUUGAUUCAUCGCGAAUGUCUCAACGAGGAGUUUUAUCUGCAGGUGAAACAGAAACCUCUGAACACAGAGAUGAUUCUGCACAAACAGGAAGUGAAGAGCCAGCUUGUUUCAUAUCAUCUGUCUGUCUUCUUGGGCUUCACACCAGACAGUCAGACCACAUCCGAUCUGAUCUUUGAAAAUCAUCCUUCAGGUUUUUGCAGAGGACCAGAACCCGGUUCUUCCUGCAGCCAUAUCUGAUUCUGGACUCUAACAGGAGAGGAGAGCGCCCCUUCAGGACAUCAGUGUGUCUAACACCCAAUCAGGGACGUCACAUGUUUCAGGAUCUUCAUCGACCAUCGUGUUUUAACCCUUUAGUCCCUGAACUCAAUAGCGAUCACAUUGACUCUGCUGUCUCUGCCCCGUUAGAAACAUGCAGACCUGCUGUAGCUCAGGUCCACAUAGGAGAUGAUGUUCCCAGUGUGUGUUUGAUUUAUUGUAGGGAUUUUCCAGGGAAGAUUAGGGGGUGGGUGGGAGGAAAUAUUUGUUCUGAUGCGUUUGGUUUUUUUGUUUUGUUUCGUCUCUGAACAGCAGCUACUGUUGUUUUUUAGUUUGGCUUGUCCUCAAACUGCCCGUCCUCUCGUGAUGUUCAGACCACCGCAAUGUCUCACUUUAGGCCCCGCCUCCUGAAAAUAGCCCCGAACCUCACUGCAGCUCCUCCUCAGAGGAAACGCUUCAUUUUCACAUAGACCAAAACCUGCGGUGCGUUCAGGUACUUCUUGAGUCAGAAAACUUACCUGCAGGUGGAAAUUAAAUUUUCCGGAAUUCAAAGCAGCUAAAGUAAAACUGAGAAAGAAGACACUUAACUCUAAAUAAAGUCGUCUGAGGGCGCCAAUCAGACAUUUAUACAAUCAUGUUACACCCUAUUGGUCAUGUGACCCACUUAAACCCAACUUAAAUUAUAACUGAACAAACUGAUAGAGAUCACCUGAACGCACCGUUGAAGUGGAUUAUGGGAUACUGAGGGCUCAUUGACCCAUUACGAUGGAGGUGGAGCCUGAAACGGACACACCUGUUGCGUCUGAUUCAGGUGUCACUGCUCUGCGUUGAAUUCUGAAGCCAUGCAGGCAGCAACUUUUUACACUCUACUUUCUCUGUGUCUGUUUCAAACAGGACCAAACCUGAGCUGACAGGAAGUAAUUGGUAAUCACGUAAAUUGUUUAUUGAAAAUAUGAUUAUCACACAGAAAAAAAGUAGUGUCCUUAAAAGUAUAUUUCUGCAUUUCAUUUGUUUAUCUCCCGAGGAGUGAGUUUUUCUUGUCCUGAUGAUGCAGAACUUUGAACUAAACUGCUUUUGAGUUUUAGCUUUUUUCUUGUUUACACUCUUAAAAACCAACACACCACUUUUCAGAGCUUUCAUGUGUCCAGUACUUAAGUGGCGAGUUUGUCCUGUGCAACUCUGUGAGGAGAACAAUCAUGGGAAUUAAAGACAGGAGGUUUUUGCCCUGCUUUUACGUUGUUGAACGACUGAAGAAGUCUACAGACUCACUUGUGUGACAGUUUAAAUACAGUGAAGUGAGGAUGUUACACGUUAUACAUUAAAUCACCUUUAACAGCAGAAUUUAGCUGACAAGUCCAUGUUUGUUUUGUGUCCAGGCAGUUCCAUAUCAGUCCGAUAUUUAUCAGAGCUUUUGUAAUUAAGACUUGGAUGUCAUCAUGGAUGCUUUUAGGUGUGUCGCAAUAUACCAGAUAAUCAUGAUAUUUAAAAAUGACUGUUAAUGUUAAUAAUACAGAUAUGAUAAUAUCAUGUAAAUUGACCAACACUUCUAAAAUCGUUUUUGUUUAUUUCAGUCUGACUAUGACUUAGCCUCUGGGUCAACGGCAAGCCCCCAACUGGGCUUUGUAGCCGAUCUCUGUAGUGGCCAAACAGUGCAAUUACAACAGCCGGGUCAGUCACGUGAUGGCACACGGGCCUUUUUUUUUUUUUUUUUUUUUUUUAAA